CUUGCAACACGUGUGGAGUCAGUAUAAAUAAAUCGAAUUUUUCUAACGAAAUGGCAGAAACAGAAAGUAAAAAUAUUGUGGAUAAUAACGAUGAAGUAAAGAGUGUAAAGCGUAAAAAAAAACGUUCUGCUAAUCAAAUGGCGAAAAAAUUACUGCGUAAAAAAAGCCGAUUCAAUGAUAGCUACGAACUGGAUUACGAUACUUAUCAGUAUUUAAUUAGAAUUUUAGAAGUGUUACGAACAGAAUUUUCUACAAUGGAUGAUAAAUUAGUGUUUGCCAAUAAUAUUUUUGAGCAAAUGAAUGAUCGAGAAGUUGAAUACACUAAAAAUCAAGUGGGAUCAAGAGUAAUGGAUUCUCUAAUGAGCUAUGCUAGCUUUGAAGUCAUUCAAAAACUUUCUGAAAGUCUUGACCACUCUCUAAGACAAAUAUUUAGUGAUAAAUAUGGCAGUCAUGUUUUAGAAAAAUUAAUUUAUGUUUGUGCCGAUCGAGGAAACAGCAAAAAAACUACUUCUGUUGAUGUAAAACAAGAACAAGAAAGCAAAGAUAAAGUUGAUGUUCGAGAAGAUCAAAUUGAUGAAUAUAAUAAAAUUGUUUUAAAGCUGUGUAAAUACGCUUUAAAUAACAUGGAAGAAUUUAUUUAUGACAAUUAUGCUAACCGUAUUCUUAGGACUGUUAUUGAAUGUCUAGGAGGUUUCCUGAAUAAAUUUGAUAACACAGAGAUCAGUAAUUCGAAGAAAACUAAUUUAUUGAAAACGUCACUAUCCCCUAGGAGGGAAGUUAUUCAAGAAUACACAGAUUUGUUAAAAGUAACAAGUCAAAGAAUACUCAACUGGCCACAAUUUCGAGAAUUUGGAAAAGAUAAUCUCACCUCUGGUUUCUUACAGACUCUCCUGUACAGUUUAAAUGAAGUUGAUUCAAAAACAAACAUGUUAAUCAUCAAAAAAAUUACAAAAGACUGUUUUACUCCAAAUCAAGAGGGCACUCUUUCUAAUAUUUUUGAUUCAGAAAAUUCUCUUAGACUAUUAGAAACUUGUUUAGCUGUUGCAAAACCUAAACGAUUUUCCAAAUUAUAUGAACAAUAUUUCAAAGGUAACUUAAAGCAAUUAGCUUUAACAAAGAACUCUAAUUACAGCAUUCAAAGAUUGUGUGAUUAUUGUAAAAGUAAAGAAAUUUUUGAUCAAAUUUUCGAAGAGAUUUCUGAAGACUUCAAUGAAAUAUUAGAGAAACAACAUACUGGAGUUGUGCUAAGUUUGGCGAAUGCUUGUCUUAGAUUGCAAACAAAACAAGGACCAUUUGUUAAUUCAAUAAUUAAAGCUUUAAAAUGUGACGGGACGGAACAACAGCUGCAACUUGUACCAUUAAUUUCACGACUAACUACCUACGAUCAACUAGAAACUGCUAAGAAGCAAAACCGUGACAUUUCUAUUCAUUUACAUGGCAGUUUGAUCCUCCAAGCUAUUCUUCAAUUUAAUAAACCUAUAAAAAUAGUUAAUUCACUACUUGCAAUGAGUGCAGAAGAUCUUACGAAUCUUUUCAACGAUCCAAGAGGAAGUAGGAUUCUCGAUGCCUUUAUGGAAAGCAAAUUUGUUGGUGAGAAGAGCCGAGAAAAGCUAGCUAAAUUAAUGAAAGGCUAUUGGAUUCAACUCGCAGCAAGCGUUCAUGGCUCAAGAUGUCUUGACAAGUUUUGGCAAUUUUCCAAUUAUAAUCAGAGGCUUCAUAUUAUGGAGGAAUUAGCUUCUAUUGGACAAUCAUUGAGUUCUUCAAAGACUGGUCGAUUGAUUUAUAAUAAACUUAAUGUUGCAUUAUUUGCAAAAGAUAAAAAGUUAUGGGCAGAGAGUCAAAAUAAAGAAGAAAAAACUAAAGCUCUAUUUGCGAGUAUAGUUGGGGAAUAAUUAAAUUUAAAGAAUAAUAAAUUUAUAUUCAUUUGUGAGUAAUUCUGCUUGUGAGUAAUAUUUAACUUAUGAAAGUGAUGAUUGUAUGUCGCAGUGGCGUAAGUGGUAAACGCAUCGGAACAAUGCGGUAGAUCAAGGAAUAGGUAGGCCCUGCACCAUUCAAUAUAAAUCUCAAUCCUCUUACAAUGAACUGGGUCUGAACGCCAUAAGGCUGAGGCAUUGAAAGAGGAAAAGUGAGAUUUCUACUUUGUUGGAGGGACUCAAAUUGGCGAUUUGUAUUCCUUGAUUGUGAACUUCCGAAGUUCUUGGUUCAAACCCAAGCUGCGAAAUAUUUUUUUAAUAUUUUAUAUUAAAAAGAAAAAAAUGUAAAA